GCGUCUGAAACGGUGCUUAUGACAACAAGAAAAAUCCAAACCCAUGAAAUCUCGUCCCCAUAGUAAUCUUUCUCAGGAUCUCUUUGUCCUAUGAAUCCCAAUAAACAAAUAAAAAAGAACAAAUCUUUCUCUUUCUCUUUGUUUACUUUACCGGAAAGAUAGAAAGAAAGAGAGCAAUUCAACUUGUUCUUUCCUUCUCAGGAACUCAGUGAAGUCAAUGCAAUCUGCUGCUCUGUUUCUCUCCGUGGAUCUGAGUCUCUGUUAGAUCAUUCCCAGAGGGUGAAAGGGGAGAUUUGGGUUUAUUGAUCAAUGCUGAGAAAGGAAAGCUUGGGAAUUCAGGGCCGGUUUAGACAGUUGUUGAAGAAAUAUAUUGAACAUGUACAGAUCGUUUGUCACGUGUGAUGAUCCGAAUGGAGUUGUAGAAUGUGGAAUGAUUAGAAGAUCAAGAAGUCGUCCAGGAAAAAUGGAGCCUAAGAUCGAAAGAGGAAAAGAAAUGAAGAAAUCAAGCGCGUGUAAGGUGGAGAAAGGAGACAUAGUUUCCAAAGGGAGCUCAGCAGAAUGCCAUAAACCGUCCUCCUCUCAGCUCUUGGAGGUUUCCAGAGGAGCUCAGAAGCUGAAUCAGGUAAUUGAUAUAUGGUCUAAGGAGACUAAGAAUGUUGGGAAUUCUAAAGAUAUAGCAAAAGAUUUGUUGAAAGGGGCUCUUGACUUGCAAGAGUCUUUGCAUAUGCUUGGGAAACUGCAAGAGGCAUCUCAGUACAAGUCAAGGUUGAAGGAGAAGGAGAAAUCUGAUAGAUUAAGAAUGAGUGAAGUGAUGGAUAGAGUGAAUUCGAGUUCUUUUAGAUUUAGAGAACAGAAUUACCAGAUGGGGUUUCAAAAUCCGCGGCUUUCUGCUGAUGGUUCCUCCAGAGAUUCCAUUGAAGAGCUUAAGAAAGUGAUCAGAGAAAGCCUAGCGAGGCAGAAUCUAUUGCCCGAUGGAAAGACUGAAAAAAAUGCCUACCUCAGUGGAAGAUACAUGGAGUCAGCUUUGGAUUUGCCCUCCACGAGCUCGAGCCAGACUUCAAUGGUUCAUACCAGCAACUUUAGUUCCACUGACUCACCUAUGUCAUCAGCAGCUUCAGAGAAGAAGGCAAAGGGACCAACUUUGGUAGCAAAACUUAUGGGUUUGGAAGAAUUUCCUUCAAAACAAUUGCAAACUACUACCAAACUGCUGGACAGAGAGAAGAUUUUCAAUCAGCAGAGGCCUGCCUUUGAUAUGGAUAUGCCAAGGGCAAGGAAGCCUCCAUUUCUAGUUCAAAAGGAAGAUUCUGAGCGGAGGACGCUGCAGGAGAUUCUUGAAACCAUACAUUUGAAAGGACUUCUGAAAAGCAAAUCCUCCAAGGAGCACAAUCCUCCUUACCUUCAUUCCCAUGAUCCCUUUUCCAGACAAAGGUUGCUCAAUGAUGGUGUGCCUAUCGUCCUCAUAAAACCUCUACGUGAUCCAUGGUCACAAGUAAAGAAGCCUUCUAUGCCUGUUUUUGGGGAGGAGAGGGCUGUGAACAAGGAAACAGUGCUCAAGAAAAAGAAAGCAAAUGAGGAGCCUCCUAGCAUAACAAUUGAUUGCAAACAACGGGGUUUGAACUAUGACAGAAUGAGUGACAACGUAGUAGCAGAAGAGACUACAAUGAAGAGGGUUAGCCAUGAUGGAGUUGGAGACAGAAAAAAGACAAAGAUUAGGUCCGAGAAACAAGAAGUUGAGACCAAACAGAAGCUUCUGAGCAGGAUGAAAAAUGCUGGUGCUCUAACUCAACAACCAGAGAAGAAAGAUGCAAUUGAAAAGAAACCUGUUAAGGUUCAGAAGCUUGCAACAGCUAGCAGAAAACCUGUAGAGAAAGAGAUUGUAAAAGCUAAAAAUUUGACAAGAUAUCAAGACGAAGCUAAGGGGACACCUACAAAGUUCUAUAACCUCAGAAAUAGUACAAAGAAUCAAAGUUCCCAGAAACAAAGUACUGCUUCAAAUUCCAUCUCUACUAGCAGAAAACGAGCUAAAGUGCAUGGUACCAGAGAGCAAAAAAAGAGUCCAGUUAAAAAGGAAACGCCAGUUAGCAAGCCUACAGCAGCUAAAGUGAUUAUAGAGAAUUUAGGACAUGAGGCAUAUGGCAAGAGGCUUACAUCAGAAAAUGACUCUGCUUUAGUUGAAGACCAAAAAUCUAUGGAGGGAACUGAAUCAUCUGAAAAUCAGCUUGGAGGGCACUGCAAUAAUGACCGGAGUUCUGUUUCUGGAAUUAUACCAGGAACUGGUGAAUUUCAGAGAGACAGUAAAUGUAGUGAAGAAGUUGAUGAUCGACUUAGUCCACAUGAAGAAAGUAAAAGUUUCAGAACUGGAAACACUCUAAAAGCUCUACUUUUGAGCAAUCCAGAAUUUCAAAAUCACGCAGAGGAGCUUUUUGAUCUUAAUGUGAAUGCUCCAACAACUUUUCAACUACACAGAACCAUAGAUUCUAUAGAUUCCCAAGUAAGACUCUCCCUGGAUUGUGCAAAUGAAAUUACUCGACGCAGAGGCUCUUUAGAUUCUCAAAUGAUCCACCCCCUGUCACCCAACCUGGUUAGAUUCAUGAGAAUCCAUAUAUCUCUAGAUCAGUUGUUGGACCAAGUUUGUUAUGAGGUUGAGAUUCUGAGAAGCUAUUCUGAACUAGCUGGUAAGAACAAUCCUACAGAUACCCUUCGUGAAAUGUUGGAAAGAGAUAUAAAACACAAAGAGCUGUCAACUGGAAUAUGGGAUUUGGGUUGGAGCAAUGUAUUUUCAAUGGAUGACAUAGGGGCCAUUGUGAAUGACAUAGAGACUUGGCUCAUAACUGCACUAGUUGAGGAGAUAUUUUCAUAAACUUCUCCUUCAGCAAAGUAUUACCUGGUUCUACUGAUACAAGGAUUCAUUCAAGAGGAAGGUGUUGCAAUCUUCUGUAAAUAUGCUUACUUUUACUUGUAGCUAAGGCCUCAUUGUUAUUUGGAACUUUGAAAUUUAUCUGCAAAACGCUGAUGAACAACUAGGAUUUAGAUUUGAGAGUUACAUUCCAAAUGUGAAAUUUUUCAUUAGCUACUGAUAAACAUGUGAAAGAACAUUUCUUGGUUAAGAGCAGACAGGUAGGUGUAUCGAAAAGUGUUGGAUAUAAAAGGAAAAAUGUAAAUAAUUGAAGCUUUCCUUUGUCUUAUCUCUUCAUCCUCAUCCUUUUUCCUUUCAGUCAAAGGAAGCAAAAGACAGGACAGCCUCAUCAGACAUGAAUUAUUUAGGUACAGGUCAACUUUCAUGCUGGAUAUUAUAAAUUUGUUCUUAUGUU